GAAGCCGACGGAGCAGGAACCUCUGUUCAUUGGAGACUAUGGAUAAGUAUGAUGUGGUUAAGGCCAUUGGGGAAGGUGCCUUUGGGAAAGCAUACUUGGCCAAAGGGAAGUCAGAUGGCAAGCACUGUGUCAUAAAAGAGAUCAACUUUGCGAAGAUGCCCAUCCAGGAAAAAGAAGCUUCAAGGAAAGAAGUCAUUCUUCUGGCAAAGAUGAAGCAUCCCAACAUUGUAACCUUCUUCAGUUCAUUCCAAGAGAACAACAGGCUGUUUAUUGUGAUGGAGUACUGUGAUGGAGGGGACCUUAUGAAGAGGAUCAGUAGACAACGAGGAGUGCUAUUUGGUGAAGACCAGAUUCUGAGUUGGUUUGUACAGAUUUCUCUAGGACUAAAACAUAUUCAUGACAGGAAGAUCUUACACAGGGAUAUAAAAGCACAGAACAUAUUUCUUAGCAAGAAUGGAAUGGUUGCAAAGCUUGGGGACUUUGGUAUAGCAAGAGUCCUAAACAAUUCUAUGGAACUUGCUAGAACUUGUGUCGGCACACCUUACUACCUGUCCCCAGAGAUCUGUCAAAAUAAACCCUACAACAAUAAAACGGAUAUUUGGUCUCUUGGCUGUGUCUUAUAUGAGCUCUGCACACUCAAGCAUCCUUUUGCAGGUGACAACUUACACCAGCUAGUUCUAAAGAUUUGUCAAGCCCAUUUUGCCCCAAUAUCUCCAAGGUUCUCCCAUGAACUUCGGUCCUUGAUAUCUCAGCUUUUUAAAGUAUCCCCCAGAGAUCGUCCAUCUAUUAAUUCCAUUUUGAAAAGGCCCUUUUUAGAGAAACUUAUUGCCAAGUAUUUGACUCCUGAGGUCAUUCAGGAAGAAUUCAAUCAUACCCUCCUAAGCGGAGCAAGACCAUCAGCUUCUCGACCUGCUAGGAAGGUGGUUCCAGAUUCUAAUAAACAGAAGGUGAGAUUCCAGGGAAAGUGCCUACCAAGAUCAAGGAUAUCUGUACCAGUUCAAAGGAAGGAUAUAUUACAUAGAAAGGAAUGGAGACCACCCACUGGCGCUCAGAAACCCGUAUUUAUAAAAAUGGUGGAAAGACCCAAACUUGCUGCAGUGUGUGGACAUUAUGAUUAUUAUUAUGCUCAACUUGACCUAUUGAGGCAGAGAGCCCAAGCACCAAGCCACUGCUUUGUUCCUCAAAAAGAUGCUGGAUCUGAGGAGAAUUAUAAUCAGGAAGAGAGUCACACCCCAUCACCAUGUCAAUGGCCUGCUGAAUAUCUUCAUAGGAAAUUUGAAGCUCAGCAAUAUAAGUUGAAAGUGGAAAAACAGCUGGGUCUUCGUCCAUCUUCUGCUGAGCCAUGUCACAACCGGAGAAGUAAUAAAGACGAGCCUAGAUUCCAGGAGCUGCAGCUCAGGAGAAAUGAAAUGAAGGAACAGGAAUAUUGGAAGCAGUUAGAGGAAAUCCGCCAGCAGUAUCACAAAGAUAUAAAGGAAAUCCGAAAGAGGAUGGGGAAUGAACUGGAGGAGGACUCAAAAGUAAGUCAUAGAACCUACUUGGUGAAGAAGAGUAACCUACCCAUCCACCAAGAGGCACCUGAGGAAGACACACCUGUGCAGGAUAUUGAAAGAGACUUGAAACAGAUUAGACUUCAGAACAUAAAGGAAAGUGUAAUUCCAGAACAGAAAUAUAAAGCUAAGAGAGGGGUAAAGUUUGAAAUUAAUUUAGACAACUGCAUUUCUGAUGAAAACACCAUCCAAGAGGAAAAGGCAGUGGAUAUGCUAAAUGAAACUUUGACCUUUGAGGAUGGCAAGAAGUUUAAGGAAUCUAAACGUAUUAAGGACCAUGAAGAUUAUACAGACAAAGCAUUUGAAAAACUCUGUCGCCCAGAAGCAGAAUUGUUCAUUCAGGAGGCUGCAGCUGCAGAAAACAGAAGACAGUGGGAAGCCAGAGCUCCUCAGACUCUGCUGCGGAUGAUGGCAGAGUCUGAAGUCACUUCCACCUGCACCACCAAGCCUGAGGAUGGCCAAGUGAUAGUGAUCGGAGGCGUUCCAGAAAAUAGGAAACAGUGGCGGCAUGAAGCACCAGAAACCUUAAUGAGUGUUUUGGCUGCAGCACAUCUAACAACUAGUUCAUUUUCUGCCAACCAAGGAGAAUUUGUGGGAACUGUUAAAAAAUGGCUUCCUAAAGAAGAUGAGAGGAUGAUGGAAAUGGCUUCUGGCACUGAGGCGGAUGAGGAACAAUUAGAACCAAGAUCAUCGGAUGAUGACGACGACGAUGAUGACACAAAUUUUGGAGAAUCUGAAGAUGAGUUGAGAAAUGAAGUCAUUGAAUCACUGGAAAAACUUGCUACAUCCAAAGAGAAAGAAAAAAGAGAAGAGGCUUCUGGUUCCUCUAAGGAAGAAGAAAAGUUAGAAGAAAGACAGCCAACAAGCAUGCAGAAAUAUGCAGAAAUAAAUGAAGCUAUGAUGACUGUUUCUACUCUGCCUGAUAACAAAAUUUGUAUUGUUGAUGAAGACAAAGAAACAUCAAUAACCAGUCAGAAUACACAAAUGUGAUUAUUGUACUUUUUCUUAAUAAGUUAGUAUCUA